UUUCUAGGCGGAUUUGCUAUGGUUUUUCUGGCGAGAGCUAAUGUAGGUAAUACUAAAUACGCACUUAAGCGAAUGUAUGUCAACAAUGAGCACGACUUAAACGUAGCCAAGAGGGAAAUUCAAAUCGCUAGCAAUCUAAAUGGCCACAAAAAUAUAAUUGGAUAUAUCGACUCCAGCAUAACGCAUACUGGCAAUGGCGUAUGUGAAGUUUUAUUAUUAAUGCCGUAUUGUAAAAAUCAUAUGUUGUCAAUGAUGAAUGCCCGCCUGCAAGUUGGUUUUACGGAGCAGGAAAUAUUAACGAUUUUCUGUGAUAUUGCUGAAGCAGUUUCUAGGCUACAUUAUUGUCAAACUCCAAUUAUACAUCGCGACUUGAAAGUGGAAAAUAUUUUGCAGAACGAUGCUGGCAAUUUUGUUCUUUGUGACUUUGGAUCAGCUACAGCGAAAGUUUUGAAUCCGCAACAACACGGUGUAUCUACAGUUGAAGAGGAAAUCCAAAAAUACACUACGCUUUCAUACAGGGCUCCUGAAAUGGUAGAUCUUUUUAGUGGAAAAAAUAUUACGACUAAGGCCGAUAUCUGGGCACUGGGAUGUUUGCUGUACAAGCUCUGUUUCUUUAGUUUGCCUUUUGGGGAGAGUACAUUAGCUAUACAGAAUGGAACAUUUUCUAUACCAGACAAUUCCAAAUAUUCUAAGGGAAUGCAUCAAUUGAUAAGAUUUAUGCUUGAGAUAGACGCCGAUAAGCGUCCCAAUAUUUGGCAAGUUUGUGAUGUUGCUUUUCGCUUAAGUGGAAAAGAAAACCCUGUUCAAAAUUUGCAAAAGAUGCCAGCUGUUAAUCUUGAUCAAUUACCGGUGCCUCCAUUUGAAAGUGAAACUAAGCGCACGUCUUCAACUAUUACAAAAGCUGUCAAGCCGCAAACAGUCAAUAUAGUAGAAUCUGGUACAAGUGUGGCACCUAGGCAACGACCCAAGGGAUCUUCAGCCGUGAACAUACAGAAGCCAUUGGGAUUGGGAUUACCACCAAGCCCUUCUCCACGUACCAACAUUACGUCUCCACAACCACAACAGCCUGUUUCGGAACAAUUUCAAGUUAACUUCCCCACCACGGCAAAUGCAGAGUCGUCGAAUACGACAACUACUACGAAGAUCACGUCCGAAGUGUUAGUUAACACAACAAACCCUAAGAAUAUCCCUUCGGAAGCGUUGAGCAGUUUAUUUGAUGCAACUGGCUUUCCAGAUCCAUUUAGCGAGAUAACUUCGCCGAAAGAACAGCAUGAUGAAAGUGCAGACAUCACUAUUAUAAAAUCAAACGAAACUACUUCCGAAACGGUUGCGUGUGUCGACAAUGUUUGCGAGCAACUUCUUUCACCCCCAAAAACCUCACAGCAAAGCAUUGCAUCAUCUGGACAUCGCCGCAACGUUAGUGAUACAUCGGCUUUUAAUAA